CGGCCCCAGUGUUACGUCGAGGCAGCGGCCGUAUCCAAGUCCGUAACUACAAACCUCAUCAUCAUCAUCAUCCUCCUCAACAACAUGGCGCCAGCGUACAGCUGGACUGCACAUAGACGCCACGGCAAUUCUUCAACAAGUUACUUUACUCACUAAACGCAGCGUCGCGAAGAUUUUUGUAUCUUUUCUUUUUACUUUUCUUCUUACCCGCUUCGUUUGUUCUCUUUGACAAGCAAAGACCAGCCUUUUUGGUCAUCUUAGUCUCAAAAACUCACCUGCUUUAGCAAAAAGAACAGACCGUACUGGACUCACUCACUGUUGCUGUAUUUCUCAAAGUAACGUUAACGUUAAAAGGAAAGUGAGCACUGAGAUUACGUAGACGGGAAAAGUACUUUUUUCCAGAAAAUUAAGCCAUGUAACUGCGCUCGAAAGGCUUUUCUUCAGAGGACAUGCAUCUAAACAUGAGCGAAAAUAACUGUCCAUUUGAAGAAAGGCAUAGAGACAGACUUCCUCCUAUACUAAAUCAUAACUUGGAUCGCGGACCGAAGCUCCCUUUCCCCUCAUAUGGAAGCUUCAUCUCCACCCUGAAUCACAAAAGAGAGUCAGGCAGCCACAGUCUCUCUUCUCCGUUCCUGCUACCUGCAGUCAAGCAAGUGAGAGAGCUUCCUCCAAUAUGUCCAGAUGUGAGACAGAAGCAUCGUAUCUCUAUUGAUGUUCUCCCUCCAGAGGUGAAGGCUCGUUUUGUCUCAGAACCCAUUAUUCCUAUUCGGACCAAAACCGCCAAAGAGUUUCAGGACGAUGUUGAAAGGGCAACUAUCUCAGGGGAUUGGAAGCAAGUCCAUGAUUUCUACUUGACCACAUUUGAUUCCUUUUUGGAACUCAAUGGUGCAUUUAAGAAAGAAGCAAAUGCUCCCUUUAACACUAUUGAAGACUCAGGAAUAAACAUCAAAUUUGUCAAUAUUGUUUAUGAUGCCUUACUCCACACGCCCGCGGACACACAGAAAUCAGUCCUGAAGGGAAUUAUUAAUAGCUUAUUAAGAGAAUGGAAAGGGCCUCGCACAAAGGAUGACCUUAGAGCGUAUUUUGUUCUUGUGCAGAACCCUCAGUACACCAGCCCAGCCACAUAUGUCAUCUAUGCACACUUACUGAGGCAAAUAGCAGCCCUGGCUGAAGCGGACCACCAUUUCCUGAUGCACUGGUUUAAAAAGCUGCCUCAGAAGCGUUUCAAACAGCUGGUGGAGCGCUUGCAGCUCUUCAUCACUACCCGCCUAUUUCCUGCCAAGCCAGAAGAGUUGCCGCCCAUGGCCAAAUGCUCCUGGUGGAUUCCCUCAGCCACUAAAGUCCUUUCCCUGCUUAAUGCUGCAAAUAGCAUUUCCUCUCCUCCUAUCAUCCCUUUCACUGAUUUCUACAACCUAACAUUGGACCACAUAGAUUUUAUGGAGGAUUACCACACGUGGCAGGCUCACGGAAAUUCAAACAGGUUCACCUUCUGUCAGUUCCCCUUCAUCCUGUCCACAGUAGUGAAGAAGGCCAUCAUCCAGAGAGACUCUGAGCAGCAGAUGAUCAGCAUGGCCAGGCAAACCCUGGUGGACAAGGUUUCUCGCAGGCAGAGGGUGGAUAUGAGUCUGCUGUUUCUCAACAUUAAAGUUAGGCGUCUGCAGCUGGUCAGUGACUCACUGGAUGAGCUUUCGAGAAAGCGAGCAGACCUGAAGAAAAAACUGAAAGUGACGUUUGUUGGGGAAGCGGGGUUGGACAUGGGUGGACUCACAAAAGAGUGGUUUCUUCUCCUGAUUCGACAGAUUUUUCACACAGACUAUGGCAUGUUCACGUAUGUGAAGGAGUCCCAGUGUCAUUGGUUCAGCAGCUGGAAAUGUGACAACUACUCUGAGUUCCGAUUGGUUGGAGCCCUCAUGGGCUUGGCUGUGUACAACAGCAUCACACUGGACAUCCGCUUCCCCCCUUGUGUCUAUAAGAAGCUGCUGACCCCGCCCAUUGUGCCAUGUGACCUCGACACCCCCGUCGGCAUGGCGACCCUCAACCUGGACGACCUCCAGCAGAUUAUGCCUGAUCUUGCUCAUGGACUUGGGGAACUCCUCAGCUAUGAAGGAAAUGUCGAAGAGGACUUCUAUACCACAUUUCAGGUUUUUCAAGAAGAACUCGGAGUGGUCAAGUCAUAUAAUUUGAAACCAGGAGGGGACAAGAUCCCUGUAACCAACCUAAACAGAAAAGAAUACGUCCAGCUCUACAUUGAUUUCCUGCUGAAUAAAUCCAUCUACAGGCAGUUUGCUGCUUUCUAUCAUGGUUUUCAUAGCGUUUGUGCCUCAAAUGCCCUGAUGCUUCUAAGGCCAGAGGAGGUCGAGAUCCUGGUUUGUGGAAGUCCUAAUCUGGACAUGGGCUCUCUGCAGCGAGUGGUGCAGUAUGAGGGCUACAGCAAGACUGACCCCACCAUCCGAGCCUUUUGGGAUGUGGUGCUGGCAUUUCCUUUGGAGCUGCAGAAGAAACUGCUCCACUUUACCACAGGAAGUGACCGCGUUCCUGUGGGAGGAAUGGCCGACCUCAACUUCAAGAUCUCCAAGAUUGAUGUCUCCACUGACUGGCUCCCAGUGUCGCAUACAUGCUUCAACCAGAUCUGUCUACCUCCGUACAAGAGCAAGAAAGAACUACGGCAAAAGUUAACUAUUGCCAUUUCAAAUGCAGAGGGCUUCGGAUUGGAGUAAAUUACAGUUGUAGAUCAUUUAAUCUGCGUUCACUGAAAGAAUAUGGGCUGUGAUAAUUUUUUUUUAACAACCAACAGGGUUGUGCAUCAGAAUUGAAUUGAGAAUGCCUUUUAAAUUCUAGUGCAAUUACUUAAUUUGAAUUGUGGUAACAAACAAGAUGCAGAAUUGCUAUUCGAAAUUGUAUGCAAGGAAGUGGAAUUAAAAUCAAUUAAAUAUUCAACAAAAUGAUCUUGUAUACACUACUGUUCAAAUGUUUAGGCAAGAAAUUAUAACUUUUAUUUGGCAAGGGAUGUUAAAUUGAUCAAAAGUGAUAUUAAAUACAUUAAUAGUAAUACAGUAAAGACAUUACAAAAAACAAAAAACAAAUGCUUAACUUUCUGUUCAUUAAAGAAUCCUGAAAGAAAUGUAUCAUGGUUUCUAAAUAAAUAUUAAGCAGCACAUCUGUUUUUAACAUUGAUAAGAAUAAUUGAGCACUUGGAUAAUGUGAUACUGAAGACUGGAGUAAUGAAUGCUUUGCCAUCACAGGGAUAAAUAACAUUUUAAAAUAAAUGAAAAUAGAAAAAGUUAUUUUUAUAUUGUAAUAAUAUUUCACAAAAUAAUGUUUUUUUUUUUACGUUUAAAAUUUUUUUUUUUUUUAAAUCAAUAAAUGCAGCCCAGGUGAGCAGAAGAGAUGUCUUUCAAAAACAUUAAAAAAUCAUAGGUAGAUAGAUGGUAUAUAGACAUAAAAUUUUAGUUAACUUGUUGACAAGGGUGAAAGAGCACUUUAUUUCCCAGAAUGCAUUGCCUGUCUUAAAUUUCUGCAGUAAAUUCCACUUCUUGUCAUGCCAAUUCAAAUUCCAAUUCAUCUUCCUGUGAGUACGCUCAAUUCAAUUCACACUCACACUCAUGAAGGAAUUAGUAGAGAGACAAUUCUACAAUUCUGAGUUUUGCGCAAUCCUGACAGCCACAUCUGGCGGCAGUUGCAUAAACGUAGCCACAAUGUUAAGACUGUGUCUUAAGAACUAGUUUUACCAACUAGCAGUUGCCAAGGGGUAAUCAGUCAAAUAAGACCAUUCUACCUUUUCAAAACUUAAUUAAAAAGUUACGACCAGUCUUGAAGAAAAAAAUUUGAUGACUAUCUUUUUAAGACUAGUCCAAACAGUUUAUGCAGCUGGUCCCAGGAUAACGCACAGCAGUGAUAAUGUAAGCUCUAGAUAUAAAGUCUAAGCAGUAUGAUGUAUUGUGGAUUGUGUGUACAGAGUAGUAUUAAUUGUUGUGUACCAGGGUUCUGUGAGGAACCCAGUUAAGCUGUUCGUCUUGCACACAUCAUUGCUGACUGUUUGAGUGAAGGACCAAACAUUUUGUGUGGUAUUAGAAUAUGUGGAUUUAUAGAAAAUAUAGUGUAAAUCUGUUCAGGAUGCUCUAUUUUACUGCAAUGUGAAAUUAAAAUUCAAAUGUUAAGGAUUUUUUUUCUUCAACAUGGGUAAUGUCCCAUGCUCCUGUUAAAAGUAGGUCGAUAAGGGGCUUGGUCUCAGCUAAAAUAGCCUGGCAAACAGUCUGCCCAGCAUUUUUAAAGAGACAGCGCUCUGUCUCCAGGGUUACAGGAGCCCACAGUUAAUAAAAGCUCCUGUGUGAAACGUUCCUUAACUCAAGCAUUCCCUCUGCUUCUGAUUAGCUUAUAAAAUGUAGCUGUUAAUAAACUAAUGAACUUUUAAAAUGAAAGGUCUGAGCUCAAAUGUAAGUUGAGUGUAGUUUAGUAAUUGUUGACAACCCUUUCUCAACCUCUCUUGGGCAUGAAAGGAAUAUUGGUAAUGUGACUAGAUGUUGUGUGUGUGUCUGUGUCAGCGAUUGUUUCAUGUUUGUUGACUAGCCAUAACAUGGAAGAACUGUUUGUGCUUAUUUGAAUUUUGUAUUUUUUAUUUUUUGGAUGGUGAUUCCGGUUAUUCUUCAAAUAGAGUGGUUAACAGCAGUAUUGGUCACAACAAAAAACAUUAUUUAUUUUUAUGACUAAUGCUCUGCUUUGUGCCAUCAUUUUCUCAAUUCAUUUAGGACUCGAGGUCUAGUGAUACUGCAGUAUGUUAGUAUGCUAGUGGAUGACCUUUAACUAGUGGGGUGUACAUCAGUCAUCCUACACUCUCAGAAAUAAAGGUACAAAAGCUGUCGCUGGGCCGGUACCUUUUCAAAAGGUACAUGUUUGUACCUAAGGGGGCCAUUUUGGUACCUUAAAGGUGCAUAUUAGUACUUAAAGUGUAUAUAUUUAAAACUAAUAGGUACAAAACUGUACCUUUUGAAAAGGUACCACCCCAGUGACAGCUUUUGUACCUUUAUUUCUGAGAGUGUAUUUAUCCUGGCUUGGCUUGUGUGAGUGGAUACUUGUAGGUGGUGUAUUUUUGCAUAUUUCUUGCUCAUCAAGUCCUGUGAUUUUCAUUGGGCUCAUGCUUUAUUUGUAUUUAUGUCAUCUGUCAAUCUGAAUCACUCCUGUGUUCAUGCUAUGGUUUUAUGUUCUCCAAUGACCGAAUACAAAUGUAUUUACAAUGUAUUUAUUUCAACUUUGCUCAUUCAUUUUUAAUGAAUAAAGUUAUACAGCUAAGUUUUCA